GAGUCCGUCCUCGCACUCUCAGUAUCGGGGCCAGUCUCUCAGUCGUCGUCAGGUGAUCAGUGGUUCCGUCUUUCGAUCACUAUGAACUCUACAAUCGCUCUCGGCCGGCCGGUCCACUGCCGGCGGUUCUCCGGCGUCCCGAGCCCUAAGCCAAUAAUACCUGAACCGGCGAAAUUCAAAUUGCCUUCACGGUCUCUUCAAUUAAGCAAGAGAAAUUGUACCGGAAGCCUCUCGUCGGCGGGAUAUCUCCCCGUUCUUGGACUUCGGAAUGGUUCGUCUUGGGUUUCUGGAUUCGUUAUUCCAUCACGAAUUGGAGUUUCCUCCAACGAUGCUCAGUUCGGUUCGUUUGCUGAGGAUAAGGAUAUCGAGUCGCCGAGUUUCUUCGAGUUUAUCACGUCUGAGAGGGUUAAGGUAGUGGCCAUGCUUGCUUUGGCUCUCGCGCUUUGUAACGCUGAUCGUGUUGUUAUGUCUGUGGCAAUUGUUCCGUUGUCUUUAUCCAAUGGCUGGAGUCGAUCUUUCGCCGGCAUAGUUCAGUCAUCGUUCCUUUGGGGUUAUUUUGCUUCACCAAUAGCUGGUGGGGCGCUGGUGGACUACUACGGUGGUAAGAUGGUCAUGGGCUGGGGGGUGGCUUUGUGGUCACUGGCUACACUUUUGACUCCUUGGGCAGCGGAAACUUCGUUAUGGGCACUUCUUGCCAUGCGUGCUUUGCUCGGCAUUGCUGAAGGCGUAGCCCUUCCUUGCAUGAACAACAUGGUUGCCAGAUGGUUUCCUCCAACAGAACGAGCCAGGGCUGUUGGUAUAGCAAUGGCUGGAUUUCAGUUAGGAAGUGCAAUAGGACUCGUACUCUCUCCAAUCCUAAUGUCUCAAGCUGGUAUAUUUGGACCAUUUGUCAUCUUUGGGUUGUCAGGGUUUUUAUGGGUUUUGGUAUGGUUAUCUGCAAUAUCUAGUACUCCCGAUCGGAAUCUUCAGAUAUCCAAAUACGAAUUGGAAUAUGUACUGAAUAAGAGGCAACAACCUUCGGUGGUGGAGAAUGUACCCAAGAAAACUGUGAUUCCUCCUUUCAAGCGGCUACUUUCUAGAAUGCCAACAUGGUCUCUUAUCAUUGCAAAUGCUAUGCAUAGUUGGGGGUUCUUCGUAAUCCUUUCAUGGAUGCCUAUCUACUUCAACACAGUGUAUCACGUUGAUCUCAGACAAGCAGCGUGGUUUAGUGCUGUUCCAUGGGCUGUAAUGGCACUGAUGGGAUAUGUUGGUGGAUUGUGGUCAGACGGGUUAAUAAAAAGUGGUACCUCCGUUACUUUGACUCGAAAGAUUAUGCAGUCGAUAGGUUUCAUUGGCCCUGGGAUUGCUCUGAUUGGCCUCACUUCAGCCAGAAGUGCAUCACUUGCAUCCGCAUGGCUGACUUUGGCAGUUGGGUUGAAAUCUUUCAGCCACUCAGGUUUCCUCGUGAACCUCCAGGAGAUCGCUCCACAAUACUCCGGCGUGCUUCACGGCAUGUCCAACACCGCCGGGACGCUUGCUGCUAUUGUGGGAACAGUUGGGGUUGGUUUCUUUGUGGAAAUCGUGGGCUCUUUUCAAGGAUUUCUGUUGUUAACCUCUGCCCUGUAUUUCACUGCUGCGCUUUUCUACAUCAUAUUCUCUACCGGCAAAAGGGUAGAUUUUGAAGAAACUGGUUAGUAUACUGCACCAAGCUUGUUUCUUUUUUAGUUGAGGAUUAGCCUUCAGGCUAGUGUCACAAAGUUUCUACGUGUAUAGCUCAUCUUUUCUUCUCGGACUAUUAUAAAAUUUUUGUAGUCAUAAACGAGCCAAGUCGAGUGGAGAUUGUAAAUUCUACCAGUGUUUUUAUCUAGGAUUAUCUCCUUUGAUUAAAGGAGCUUGGUUUUGUGAAAGAUUGUUAUAGAUAAGAUAUUUUCCCAGUAGUGCAGAAAAUAGCAGACAAGUUUGUAGCUGACUUUGAUUUUAUGAACUGACUCUGCCAAAGACAA